GGGCGCGGAGCGGCGCCGCCAUUUUGCUGGUCGGGAGCGGUGGCGGCGGCGGCCGCGCUGAGCGGAGAGGUGCCAGCACCAUGGAGUACGAACGCAGAGGGGGCCGUGGCGACCGCACCGGCCGCUAUGGGGGGGCCCCAUCCUCUUCUGAGGAAGGCUCCCGCACCCAACGGGACCACGACUAUCGCGACAUGGAUUAUCGCGGCUACGGGGGUCCCCCCGAGGGGCCCUCCACUUCCGGGUCCUCCUCUCAGGCCUAUGAGGGCUCCUCCGAGCCCCCCCGGAAGCGGGACCCCCCCCCGGCGCUGCCCUUUGGUGCCGAUGGUGAUUACCGGGACCAGGAUUACCGGCCCGAGGCGGCCGAGGAGGAGCCGCGCGCCAGCACCAUCGUCAUGCUGCGCAUGCUGCCCCAGGCCGCCACCGAGAACGACAUCCGGGCGCAGCUGCAGGCGCAGGGGGUGCAGCCCCGCGAGGUUCGGUUGAUGCGGAACAAGUCCUCAGGUCAGAGCCGCGGCUUCGCCUUCGUGGAGUUUCACCACGUCCAGGACGCGGCGCGGUGGAUGGACGCCAACCAGCAAGGGCUGAGCCUGCUGGGGCACCGCGUGUCCCUGCACUACAGCGACCCCAAGCCCAAGAUCAAUGAGGACUGGCUCUGCGCUAAGUGUGGGGUGCAGAACUUCAAGCGCCGGGAGAAGUGCUUCAAGUGCGGGGUGCCCAAAGCUGAAGGAGAACAGCGGGGCCCGGGGGGGCCACGAGCGGAGCUGGGGCCUGGAGGAGGGGGGGGGCUGCUGCCCCUCCCCCAACCCUAUGGGCCUGCAAUGGGGGGGACCCCCGGGGGGGGCUCCCAUGGGGGGACCGAGCCUGGAGCUGACAACGCCAAUGACACCAUCAUCCUGCGGAACCUGCACCCCCAGAGCAGCCUGGAGUCCAUCCUCACCGCGCUCGCCCCCUUCGCCGCGCUCUCGGCCGCCAACGUCCGCGUCAUCAAGGACCGGCAGACCCAGCUCAACCGCGGCUUCGCCUUCGUGCAGCUCAGCACCAUCGUGGAGGCCUCGCAGCUGCUGCAGAUGCUGCAGGCCCUGCACCCCCCCCUGCACAUCGAUGGCAAGAGCAUCAAUGUGGAGUUCGCUAAAGGCUCCAAGCGGGAGGUGCAGGGGGCGGGGCCAGGGGAGGGCCCCCCCCGCGCCAGCGCCGCCUCCGUCGCCUCGACCGCCAUCGCUGCUGCCCAAUGGGCGCUCUCCCAGGCCGCCCCUGGCUCCGACACGACGUGGGCCGGGGGGGAGGAGCCUCCCAGUGACUUCAGCAGCUUCUACCAAUCAGAGGAGACCUUCAGCGGCCCCGCCCCUUCCCUCUACGGCUCCGCCUACCUCAAGGGCUCCGCGGCCCCGCCCUCUGGCCCCACCCACUCUGGCUCCGCCCCUCCCAAGGCCGAUGGCCCCGCCCCUGGUGUAGAGGAGCCGCCAGUGCUGAGCCUGGAGCACACAGCGGGGGGGGGGCCCUCUCCCGCCCCCCCAAGGGGCCCCCUCUCCCCCCCCCACUGUAUGUAUAAGGCUUAUACAGGGCCCCUCAAGGCUGAGACCCCCACCCCAGCCCCCAGUGGGCCCCCCCCUGCCGCCCCCCCCACCUCUGAGUCCUAUGGCCAGUACCCGGUCCCUGAUGUCUCCACCUACCAAUACGACGAGACCUCAGGCUAUUACUAUGACCCCCUCACCGGGCUCUAUUACGACCCCCAUUCUCAGUACUAUUACGAUGCUGGAGCAGGCCAGUACCUGUACUGGGAUGGGGAGCGCCGCACGUACCUGGCGGCCCCCCCCGCCGAGCCCCCCCCCGGCCCCCCCGGCCCCCCAAAAGAGCCCAAGGACAAGAAGGAGAAGCACAAGACCAAGACAGCUCAGCAGAUCGCCAAGGACAUGGAGCGCUGGGCGCGCAGCCUCAACAAGCAGCGGGAGAGCGGGCGCAGCGCGGGGCCCCCCCCGCCCCCCCGAGAGGACGAGAGGAGGGAGGCGGCCGCGGCCGAUGCUGGAUACGCGAUCCUGGAGAAGAAGGGUGCUCUGGCUGAGCGGCAGCACCCACCCAUUGAGCUGCCCAAGCUGGCGAGUGACGAGCGGCUGAGCCCACCCCGCGGGCUCGUGGCCGCCUACAGCGGGGAGAGCGAGAGCGAGGAGGAGGCGGAGCGAGGGGCGGAGCGUGGCCCGGAGGCGCUCACUGAUUGGCUGAAGCUCGCGUGCCUGCUCUGCCGCCGGCAGUUCCCGAGCCGGGAGGCGCUGCUGAGGCACCGGCAGCUCUCGGGACUGCACCGGCAAAACCUGGAGCUGCAGCGCCGCAAUCAGGCCCCCCCCUCCGAGGGGCUGGACCGGAGCGAGAUGGAGAUGAAGUACCGGGACCGGGCAGCCGAGCGCCGGGAGAAACAGGGGGGGCCCGACCCCCCCGAGCCCAAACGGCGCAAAUUUGGGGGGCCCCCCCCCACCUCUGGGUGAGCACCCAUUGACCCCCCAAGAACCGAGGGUGCCCCAAAACGGGGGGGAGGGGCCAAGUUCCCCCUUCCCACCCCCCCCACCCCCCCAAUGGCGUGUAUGGGGCUGCUGCUGCUGCUGCUCUGUGCUGGGCUGGGGGCCCCCGCUGGGGCCACGCCCGUGUGGUGCUUCUCCCGAUUGGAGGAGGAGGCUGGGGCCGGGGCCUGCGCGGAGCUGCUGAGCGAGGAGCGCGUCCCAUUGGCUGACUGCUGCCUCAACCCCGCCUAUGGCUACAAGCUCCGCCCACAAGGCUCCUGCCACACCUGCCGGGCCGGGUCCUGGGGGCCCUGGGGGCCCUGGUCCGGGUGCUCCGUGAGCUGCGGGGAGGGGACCCAGCGGAGGGGGCGGAGCCAGAGCGGGAGCCCCCCUGGGGGGGAGGAGCCAAGGGAGUGGGAGCUGAGAGCGUGCGAGGGGGCGGGGUGCCCGGGGUGGGACAUGGGGGGAGACACAGGGGGGCAUUGGGGGGACAUGGGGGGGAAGAACGGGGGGGAACAGGGGGGGCAUUGGGAGGGUCCUGGGGGGGGGCUGCGGCCCCCGGGGGAGGCCGAGUAG